CGGGCGGGCCCCGCUGCCUGCUUACUCCGUGCCCGCUCUGCCUGCACCAUGAAGUGGCCAAGGACGCUCGCGGUCGCUUCUGCCAUCGCCGCCGCCGUGCUGGCCAGUCUGGUGCUGGGCACAGCGGUCGCCACCGGAGAGCAAGACUCGGUGGAUCCCGGAAAGCUGCUGGUAUUGACAGCUGCCACGGAAGAGACGGAAGGGUACCAGCGCUUCCUACGGACAGCCAAGUACUUCAACUACACUAUCAAGACCCUUGGCCUAGGAGAGGACUGGAAGGGAGGGGAUGUUGCCCGGACAGUCGGUGGAGGACAGAAGGUCCGCUGGCUGAAGGUGGAAAUGAAGAAGUAUGCCAAUGAGGAGGACAUGAUAGUCAUGUUUGUGGACAGUUAUGAUGUCAUCCUGGCCGGAAGCCCCAUUGAACUUCUGUGGAAGUUCCUGCAAUUCAAGAGCAACUUGGUCUUCUCAGCAGAAAGUUUCUGUUGGCCAGAGUGGUCGCUGGCUGAGAAGUACCCACCGGUGGCCGAGGGAAAACGGUUUCUUAACUCUGGAGGCUUCAUUGGCUACGCUCCCACCAUCAAUCGCGUUGUUCAACUAUGGAAGUAUAAGGAUGAUGACGACGACCAGCUGUUCUAUACUCGCGUUUACUUGGAUCCGGCCUUGCGGGAGAAAUACGGGAUCGCUCUGGAUCACAAGUCAAAAAUCUUCCAGAAUCUGAAUGGUGCCAUUGAUGAGGUCGUUCUGAAGUUCGAACAGACCCGAGUGCGUGCCCGAAAUGUCGCUUAUGACACCUUGCCUGUUGUCAUCCAUGGGAACGGCCCCACCAAGCUGCAACUGAACUACUUGGGAAAUUACAUCCCUAAUGUCUGGACAUAUGAAGGGGGUUGUGAAGUGUGUGAAGACGGACUCUUGGAUCUGUCCGGUUUGGAGGAUGAAUCCUAUCCACGCGUGCUCCUUGGCGUGUUCAUUGAGCAGCCAACUCCCUUCCUGCCUCAGUUUCUUCAGCGUCUCCUGACCUUCGAUUAUCCUUACUCUCACCUUAGUCUCUUCAUCCACAACCGGGAGGUAUAUCACGAGCCACACAUCCAGGCUGAAUGGGAGCAACUUCGGGAGGCCUUUGACAGCAUCAAGAUUGUGGGGCCAGAAGAGGAGCUGAGUGAGGGCGAAGCCAGAGAUAUGGCCAUGGAUCUCUGCCGCCAGGACUCCACCUGUGACUAUUACUUUAGCCUGGAUGCCGACGUGGUUGUGUUGAGCCCCGAGAUCCUGAAGAUCCUUAUCCAGGAGAACAAGAAGGUGAUCGCUCCCAUGAUGUCCCGGCAUGGCAAGCUCUGGUCCAACUUCUGGGGGGCCCUGAGCCCUGAUGAAUACUACGCUCGCUCAGAGGACUACGUGGAGCUGGUACAGGGGAAGAGGAUAGGGGUGUGGAAUGUCCCUUACAUCUCUCAGGCUUACUUGCUGCGUGGGGAGACGUUACGCCGUGAGCUGACCCAGCGCAACGUCUUCACCUUGGAUGAAACGGACCCCGACAUGGCCUUUUGCAAGAGCGUGCGGGAGAAGGGUAUCUUUCUUCACAUCAGCAACCGGGACGAGUUUGGACGUCUCCUUUCCACCGCCAGGUUCAAUACGUCCCGUUUGCAUCCGGAGCUGUGGCAGAUUAUGGAGAAUCCCUUGGACUGGCAGGAGAAAUACAUCCAUGAGAAUUACUCGCAAGUGCUGGAGGGGGAACACCACAAGCAGCCGUGCCCUGACGUUUACUGGUUCCCGGUGUUCGCCGACCAGAUGUGUGACGAAUUGGUGGAAGAGGCUGAACAUUUUGGCCAGUGGUCCGGAGGGAAGCAUGAGGACACUCGGCUGGCUGGUGGCUACGAGAAUGUCCCCACUGUUGAUAUCCAUAUGAAUCAAAUUGGCUACGAGAAGGAAUGGCUUCAUUUCCUACAAGAAUAUAUAGCUCCUGUCACAGAGAAACUCUAUCCCGGCUACUACACCAAGGCUCGGGCCAUCAUGAACUUCAUGGUCCGCUACCGUCCUGACGAGCAGCCCUCACUCCGUCCUCAUCACGACUCAUCCACUUUCACCAUCAACAUCGCUCUCAACCACAAAGGGCUCGACUAUGAGGGUGGUGGUUGCCGGUUUAUCCGCUACAACUGCACCAUAGAAUCCCCCCGUAAAGGAUGGAGCUUGAUGCACCCCGGCCGCCUCACUCAUUACCAUGAAGGAUUGCCCACGACCAGCGGCACCCGUUAUAUCAUGGUCUCCUUUGUGGAUCCCUAACAACAGUAUUGCCCCUCUUGGUCCUGGGGUGCAGAAUGGGCCACGGUGGCCAAAGCCAGAGACUUGCAGGGGAGAAAGGGUCCGCUCCCUGGCUCCACUGCCACUUUCCACAGUGCCUUCGAAAGGGAGGAAGACAGCCAGCCACCGCCUGGCACAGGCACAGGCAGACACAGCCUGGACUUGGGUCACCACUCGUGGCUGGACCCACUGCUGCAUUCCAGCUGCCCAGCCAAUGUGUGAACCAGGCUGCCCUGCACCUGGACUGAAAUUGUUCUAGGCUGGUUGCCUUUUCUGUGAACUCACCAUGACCAGUUCUCUUAACAGGGCUCCCCCGUCGAGAUUUGCCUCUAUGGCUCCACCCAUGUUAAGCAUCUCUCGGCUUAGCAAUAGGUUUCUUAAACUGGCGGUCUUCCAACUGGCCCAAGGUGACUCAGCGAGUUUCAAGGUAGGAAUGAGAUUCAAACCUAGCACCCAACUCCUUCAUGAGCGCAAGUCCUACUGCCUUUCUUCGUUUGAGGAAACUGAAGAAAGGAAAGAACAGGAAUGUGUGCCGUCGACCCAGAGAGCAACCAACAUGUGUGAAUCAUGAGUUCUAACAGAGGGGACAGGCUCCUAAUCUUACAGGGACUGAAAUAAGGUUGUGAGAUCCAACAAGAUUACUGGAGCCGGUUGAAACAUGGAAAGAUUCCAACCUUCUGACAAGUGCCUGUUUCUGUUGGAAGGAGGAGAGCUAUAUCCACUUACGUCCUUCAGAUUUUUUUUAUCACUCUGAUGUAAGCAGUGGGUGCUACACGUUUAUCAGUCGCAGGGCCAGAAAGGCCACCCCAAAGUGCAACUUAAGAGCGUGAAUGGUGCCUUUGCAAUAGUGGGGCGGAGAGAUGCUCUGAGGCGCUUCUGUAUUCCUUGGUAGAGCCGAACCAAGAAGUACUCGGAGGCAGCAGGGAGUUCUGGCGAGUCUUUUCAACAAGGUGUGUUGCUCAAUCUCCCAUAAUCCUGUGGGCUUUUGGCCCACAGCCUGGUCCGGCUGGCAGGGCAGACGUGUGUCAGCAGCGGCAGCUUCCUGUAUAAAGCGUGCGUUAAAUUAUUGGCACUGCUGUUGCACAGCUCACUGAAUAAAUCUACAUUUUAUUCAA